AUGGCGGCGGGCUCGGAUCUGCUGGACGAGGUCUUCUUCAACAGCGAGGUGGACGAGAAAGUGGUGAGCGACCUGGUGGGCUCGCUCGAGUCGCAGCUGGCGGCCAGCGCGGCCCACCACCACCACCUCGCGCCGCGCACGCCCGAGCUGCGGGCCGCGGCCGCCGGCGCGCUCGGGAACCAUGUUGUGAGCGGCAGCCCGGCCGGAGCCGCGGGCGCAGGGCCGGCCGCCCCCGCCGAGGGCGCGCCCGCAGCGGCGCCGGAGCCGCCCCCCGCAGGUAGAGCGCGGCCGGCGGGCGGGGGGCCGCGGCGCCCGGGCCCCGGCUCACCUCGCCGCCCGCUUGUCCCCGCAGGGCCCGCGCCGGCGCCCGCCAAGCUGAGGCCGCCGCCCGAGGCCAGCGCAGGGCCCUGCCCGGCCGCCGCCACCGCCGCCGCAGUCGUCCACGCCGCCGCCGCCGCCGCCGGGCCCGAGCCUGCCGCCGCCGCCCCGCCCGCCGGCCCCGGCCCCGGCGCCACCAAGCCCGGCCCGCCCGGCCCCGGCGCCGCGCAAACUUUGAAUGGGAGCGCCGCGCCGCCCACCGCGCCGCACGCCGCACCUGCUGUCAGCCCGGUCAACAACGGGCCCGCGCCGCCGCCCGCCGCCGGCUCCGUCAUCCAGGCGGCCCCCGCGCCCGCGCCCGCCGCGCCCUCGCCGCCCGCCGCGCCCGCGCCCGCCGCGCCCCCGCCGCCCGCGCCCCCUGCGCCCGCCGCUCCGGCCCGGCCGCCCGGGCACCCCGCCGCGCCCGCGCCGCCCGCCGCGCCCGCCGCCGCCGCCGCCGCCGCCGCCGCGCAGAACGGGGCCGGGGCCGCCCCCAUCCCCGCCCCGGCCUCCGGGGGCGCCGCGGGGCCCGGCGCGGUCGCGCAGGGGGCCAAGGCCGAGCCGCCCAAGACGGCGGCGCCUGCCAGCGCGGCGACGGGGGUGCUGCUCGGGCCCGCCAUGCCGGGGACGCUGCCGGGCCCCGCCGGGGUCCCUCCUCCAGCGCCCGGGACUCCCGCGGGGCUGCCCAAAGGCGCGGCGAGCGCGGUGACCCCCACCCUGCCCAGGACGCCCACAGCCACCACCAGCGGGAUCCGGGCCACCCUGACGCCCACCGUGCUGGCCCCUCGCCUACCGCAGCCGCCGCAGAACCCGACCAACAUCCAGAACUUCCAGCUGCCCCCAGGAAUGGUCCUCGUGCGGAGUGAGAAUGGGCAGUUGUUAAUGAUCCCUCAGCAGGCCCUGGCACAGAUGCAAGCCCAGGCCCAUGCCCAGGCCCAGCCUCAGAGCACCAUGGCACCCCGUCCUGCAACCCCCACAGGUGCUCCACCUGUCCAGAUCUCCACCGUACAGGCUCCUGGGACACCUAUUAUUGCACGGCAGGUGACCCCAACUACCAUUAUUAAGCAAGUGUCUCAGGCUCAGACCACGGUACAGCCUACUACUACCUUACAGCGCUCCCCAGGAGUACAGCCUCAACUUGUUUUGGGUGGUUCUGCCCAGACAGCCUCACUUGGGACAGCAACAGCUGUUCAGACAGGGACACCUCAGCGCACAGUCCCAGGGACCACCACCACCUCCACAGCUGCCACGGAAACUAUGGAAAAUGUGAAGAAAUGUAAAAGUUUUUUAUCUACAUUAAUAAAACUGGCUUCAUCUGGUAAACAGUCUACGGAGACAGCAGCUAAUGUGAAAGAGCUAGUACAGAAUCUGCUGGAUGGAAAAAUCGAAGCAGAAGAUUUCACUAGCAGGUUAUACCGAGAACUCAAUUCUUCACCUCAACCUUACCUUGUGCCUUUCCUGAAGAGGAGCUUGCCCGCCUUGAGACAGCUGACUCCCGACUCCGCGGCCUUCAUCCAACAGAGCCAGCAGCAGCAACCCCCCGCCUCGCAGGCCACCACUGCGCUCACUGCCGUGGUGCUGAGCAGCUCGGUGCAGCGCACGGCUGGGAAGACGGCCGCCUCCGUGACCAGCGCCCUCCAGCCCCCUGUUAUCAGCCUCACGCAGCCCACACAGGUUGGCGUUGGCAAGCAGGCGUCUCCCGCACCGCUGGUGAUCCAGCAGCCCCCAAAGCCGGGAGCCCUGAUCCGGCCCCCGCAGGUGACCUUGACGCAGACGCCCAUGGUCGCGUUGCGGCAGCCUCACAACCGGAUCAUGCUCACCACCCCGCAGCAGAUCCAGCUGAACCAGCUGCAGCCAGUCCCUGUGGUGAAACCCACCGUGUUACCUGGAGCCAAAGCCCUUUCUACCGUCUCGGCACAAGCAGCCGCUGCACAGAAAAACAAGCUCAAGGAGCCUGGGGGAGGCUCCUUUCGGGAUGAUGAUGACAUCAACGAUGUUGCCUCUAUGGCCGGAGUGAACCUGUCAGAAGAAAGCGCGAGAAUAUUGGCCACAAAUUCCGAGCUGGUGGGGACACUGACGCGAUCCUGUAAAGAUGACACCUUCCUCCUCCCCGCACCUUUGCAGAGGAGGAUACUGGAAAUAGGUAAAAAGCAUGGCAUCACGGAGCUGCACCCAGAUGUCGUGAGCUACGUGUCCCACGCCACACAGCAAAGGCUACAGAAUCUUGUAGAAAAAAUAUCUGAAACGGCUCAGCAAAAAAACUUCUCUUACAAGGAUGAUGACAGAUAUGAGCAGGCAAGUGAUGUCCGGGCUCAGCUCAGAUUCUUCGAACAGCUUGAUCAGAUUGAGAAGCAGAGGAAGGAUGAGCAGGAGAGGGAGAUCUUGAUGCGUGCAGCAAAGUCUCGGUCCAGACAAGAAGACCCGGAGCAGUUACGGUUGAAGCAGAAAGCGAAGGAGAUGCAACAGCAGGAGCUGGCACAGAUGCGACAACGUGAUGCCAACCUCACUGCACUAGCUGCGAUCGGGCCCAGGAAAAAGAGGAAAGUGGACUGUGCUGGACCAGGAUCGGGAGCAGAGGGCUCAGGCCCAGGCACGGCGGUCCCAGGCAGCUCCGGCGUGGGAACCCCCAGACAGUUCACGCGGCAAAGAAUCACGCGGGUCAACCUCAGGGACCUCAUAUUUUGUUUAGAAAAUGAGCGUGAGACAAGCCAUUCACUGUUGCUCUACAAAGCAUUCCUUAAGUAACACAGGACGAGCGGCGUUUCCUUCUGAUGAGACGCCUGCGGACACUUUUAUAGAUUUGCAGAUUACGCCUUUUUGUAACAAGCAAACGGGAUAUUGUUCAAAACAGUCACCUCUUUCCAGCGGAGCAGUUUUUUACUCCUCCAAGCGCGCUCGCUCUUGAGUGCGGCAGAAGCCCGUUCUGCAGCAGAGAGAACACAAAGGCCUGUGGAUGCUCUCCAAGGACAGCCAACCCCGAACUCAUCCUUGAUUGAGUGGCCUUCUUGCCAAACAAGCCAUACUUAAAGACUGACGGAAGCGCUUAGCAGAUACCUAGCUGCCCUCUGUCCGCUCGCAGCCGUUCCUCCAUCCCGUGUGUUUUUUGCUUCUGCUCACUCUAACUACCGUGUAGGUGGAUGUCUACAGCUGAUGACCUCAUUUCACUUAUUUUAUUUUUGUAGCAGUCAGUUGGCAAAGCGAACUGAUUUUUUAGACUAUUUAUCUCUCCUGCCCCCCCCCUCCACCUGAAAUCCCCAGGAAUACAACUCAUUGCCGCUCCGUAACCUCCGAGCGUGGUCGCGUUUCUGCUUAGUAGAGGUCGGUUGGGGCUCGGCAUCUGUACAAAUGCAUUUUAUUUGCUACAGGUUGUGAAGCUGUAAAGUUAAAUGAAACGAGAACCUUUUCAGCAUAAAUAUAUUUUACUUGCACUGUGUUUUUUAGCUCAAAGUGGAAACUUAGAUGAAAUGAAGUCAGAGUUGAGAAGAAUUAUCAACAGACUGUUUCUCAGUGUGAAUCAAGUGUUGGAAAUGGCUGGUGUAUUUUGUCAUUGAUUGUACAUAACUUGGCACAUACAUAAAAUGGCUAUGUAAACUAUAAUUAUUUUGCUAAGAGACUGUAUGCAAGCUGUGGGCCAACUUUACAGACGUCCAGAGCGAAGCCCCUUCUUUGUACCUAUUUUUUUAUUACAAAUAUACUAAUUGGUUCUUUAUAUUUUCAGAGGUUAUUGUAUUAAAUUGUCUAUUGAUAGUACUUUUAUGACUGUAAAUACUUUGGCUUUCUCCGUGUGGAUUCUCACUUUAGACUUUCAUCCGCGCGUGUGAACUGAGCGCUGAGCAGUAUUUUUUAUCAACACCUGAGAACUGUUACACCUUUUAUUUUAUCUUUUAGGAAAUCCCUGUCUUUCCAUUUUUUCAUGUAAAUUUUGCACAGUUACUUGUUCAUAUGUAAAUAUUUUACUUUCAAAAAUGAAGUUUUUAAUUGCUAUUGUUUUAUAUAGGAUUGAAAGAAAAUUAACUCCUUUAUUAAAAACAAAUUUAUCUGUA